UAAUUACUACCGAUCUUCCAGGUGGUGAGGUAAGACGGAGAUUGAGAUACAAUCGGUUUGUUAUUGACGAAGUGACCCACCAGCUUCCCAACCUGACCACUGGUCGGCUAAAACUACAGCAGAUAACAAACAAUCAAACUUCCGUUCGCAUAAUCUACGGUUCAGACGGGAAAGUUUCAAAAUGUGAACUCUUAUCGAACGUAAAACGUGAAUUUUUAAGUGAUUCCGUAAUGGGGUACCAGAAGAACAAGUGUGAACUUUGUGUCGUGCGAAGCGUCCCUAUCCACAAGUGGGAUGAACUGCCCCCUGACCUAAUGCCGCUACUGGACACGCGAGAGUUAAAGCAGCGAUGUCACCGCAAGAGGAUGGAGAGAAAGAUCUCUUACUUGACCCGAGUGAAGCGUGGUUUGUAUGUUCUCCCAGGGACUAACUGGUGUGGCAGUGGGAACAAUGGGCGAGAUUACCGGCAGCUCGGAGCCCACGCUGCCGCCGACCAAUGUUGCAGGGAUCAUGACCAUUGUCCAUACAUGAUUGAGGGAUUAUCUACCAAGUUCGGCCUGUUCAAUUUCCGCUUUUAUACUAUCAGUUACUGCAAAUGUGACGAAAGGUUUCGAUCCUGUCUGAAAUUAGUUGGUACAACAGCGGCUAACUUCGUGGGCCGACUCUUUUUCAACAUUAUUCAAACUAAGUGUUUUCUGUUUCGUAUAGAGAGAGUCUGUGUGACGAGGUCGUGGUGGGGGGGAUGUCUGAAGUAUGAGGAACAGAGAAGAGGUUACAUACGAGAGGGGCUGCGUUAUUGACCAACCACUUCGUCUAGAGUCUAGAGAAAGGAGAUUUACUUGUAUGUACGUGAGGUACACAAAGUCUAGAGUUGCAUUACGACAUGUUGUUCACUGUAUGGAAGUAUUCCCGUGGUUCUUACAUUAAUAUUCUCAAACUUGAACUAACGAUUCAAAGUAUAGAUGUCGCUGAAAAAAUUCUUAUGACAAACAACAGAAAACACAAACAUUCAAACGGAGAUCUGAAAUCAAACUAGAACAGAAGGAGAAAACUUUACUAACUUUCUGAUCCUCAGAUAUUAAGUCCAAUAAUAAUUUAAAUGAAUUCCAUCUCACCAUUUCCUUCUCAAGUUUUAUAUGCAAUACAUUUCCGUUUUUCUUUUAAAUAUAAUAGAAAAUGACCGAGUACAAGCUAUAUAAAAUGACAAAAAGUCCCAGCGACCUUUCUACCAUUCAUUAUUCCCACCAAUCAAAAUGUCCGCAGUUUAAAUAGUUUCGUUAGUUAAAGAUAAUUUAAGUGAAUCGUGGUUGUUUUCUAGUGCUACUUUACGGUAUUCAACUCCUCUUGAGUUGUUUGUGAGAUACAACCUGUUUUAUUUGAUAUUCCUCAAUGCCUACCACACGCAUGUUUAUA